UGGUCAAGCGCUGAUAACGCCUCUCACAAAAGCGCUUCUUCCUGCGCUCUCCGGAAAUCGAUGAGAAACAUGGCGUCACACAGGGCAGACAGAACGAAACCCUCCACAUCAAAUGCUGGAGAUGUUUCCAAAAUCGACCUUCUGCUUCAUCCAGAACUUCUUUCUCACGAGUUCAUUCAGUUUAUGUUACACGAGAGGAAGAUUGCAGUGGGUGAUGAUGAGGACCGUGAGCGGCUCACAGAUCUGUACCUGCGGCAUGUCAUUCCUCUCCCGCAGAGAGAUCUGCCCGGCGGCCGCUGGGGGAGGAGGAUGGAGAGAAGCCGAGCGCGUCCGAGCUCCGCCAGCAGUUCAAGCGCUGAUAGUGACAGGAAGAGGCCGUUGAUUGUGUUUGACGGCAGCUCUACUAACACUGGCAGUGUUAAGCUGAAGAAACUUGAUCCUUCACCAGCACCUGUCACCACAGACCGACUAAAGCCCCCGGUUUCCAGCAUCAAUCUCACAAACCCCAUACGCAAGCUCUCUGGGACCUCUACAAACUGCUCUUCCUCAGAUUCCUCUAACAAGACCCCAGUGUCAUCACCAGGGGCCGGUCCCAAGAGCCCCUGUAAUCACUCCAAAACUGCCAACUCCUCAGUACAUUCAAACAAUACCACGUCGAAGCUAAAACGCACGUCCCCCAGCGAUGGAGAACCCAACACUAGUAAGGACAUUAAGUCACCUGAUACAAAGAAAAAGAUUCAACAUAUCACAUGGCCAUAAUCUGUGAAGUCAUCUAGGAUGGACGGUUAACGCCACUGACAUUGUCUGCUGGGUCUCUGAGGCAAAGAGAGACUCAUAAUGAGACACAUGAAUUUGAAAGAUGGGUUCUUGUCACACAUCUCAAGUUGUCACUUUCAUCUUUACUCACCAGCCUCAGGAAAGGUGACUUGUGAAAUGUGACCCACUGGUUCAUUUCACACUAGGCAACGCAUCGGCUUUUGACUUGAUGUGUGGUGAAGGAACUGAGACAUUCCUAGCAGUUUUAUGUUAGACUGAUCAGUUUUUCACUUUUUUAGCAAUAUGUUCAUAGAAAUAUCUUUCUUGCAAUGAACAAACUUUCCGUUGUGAGUGAAUCAUGUUGGUGAAUCAAACCCACUAAGAGGAAAUGGAUGGAAAAUGGACAUGCUUUCCGUUGGUCUGUGUCGGAUGUCUGCUGUGUUUUACUGACAUGGGAGUAUUCAGAGUAACUGGAUGUGCUUGAACUGAGUGGCAUUUUGAAGAAAUCUCUUUUCUCCAACAAAAUGUUUGCAUUGAUCGGGAUAGGCCUGUCCAAGUGCUUUGGCCAAUAUCAGGUAAAUUCCUUGACCGUUUUUUGUAUUUAUAGCCCCCACAGUGCCAAAAUUCAGUUGUGAUGUGUGUUGCAUCAUGCACUGAUGUAUUUAAUUGAGAAAGCAAUAUGAAGGGUGUUUCACAUGUCGGUGUUUUAGUGGUGGUCUUUUCUAGACAUUAUGAAUUGAGUUUUUAUUGAACUGCAUGGAAUGUUUUUAGUGACAACAAGCCUGAUAAAAUAAACGGCUGAGAGCACUGAUAAUGUUUUUUGCGAUUCUUUUUUUUUUUUUUUUUUACAUUUUUAAGUCUGGAAU